AUGCGGCAAACAGCUACUCGCGCCGCCCUCGUGGCAGUAUUCCUGGCGGCCUCGGUGCUCGCGCAUGGUGAUGAAUCGACAAAUACGAAUACGAACAUGGACAUGGAUAUGGAUAUGAACACGAGCAUGAACAAGCCGGCAUCGGCGGAACCUGCACACCCCAACAGCGAAGGACCGAUGAGCUAUUUCGCCUAUGACAAACACAGGGGCGCCAUUCUGGCGCAUAUCAGUUUGAUGAUCGCGGCCUGGUGCCUUUUGCUCCCUACAUCGGUCAUGCUCAGCAUCGCGCGAUCACGAUUUGCCCUGCCGUCGCAAUUCGUGUUUAUGCUGUGCAAUGCCUUCGGCUUGCUUCUCGGCAUUAUUUAUAAUGAGCAGACACCCGACCUCUACGAGAAUAAUGCACACCACAAGAUCGGAUGGGUUAUCACCUGGGUGGUCAGCACUCAGCUCAUCUUGAGCUUGAUCUUUGUCUAUGCCGGCCGAGGCGAGUCGAAGACUAAGUCUAGAUCUUUCGAGCGCGCUACGUUCCUCCCCGUCGCAACCGAUGACCAUGAGCAUGUCCACAUCUUCCCUACUACCCCAAUGCACGAACAUCGCUGGUCCCGGGACAGUGGACAGGGCACCGAACCUAACUCACCCAGCCACUGCCCUGCGUCUCCAUCUUUCGAGCCUCCGGAAUACGACGGAUUCGAGAAACCUGAGGACGAUGUUCCGAACGAGACCACUGGACCUCGCCGUUGGAUAAAGAGCACCUUUGUGGAUCGGUUCCUGUCGAGACUCGUGCCUGGCAUGGUUUCCAACCGCGUUUUGCGUGUUUUCUACGUCGUAUAUAAGGUGAUUGACCGGAUAAUCCUUCCUUUCGGCUUCAUCGCUAUGGCCACUGGUGCGGUCACAUACGGCGGUAUAAUGCGUGGAAGAGAUAUCUUCAAUGGCCUGGCGCACUUUAUCAAAGGCGGAAUCUUCUUCUGGUACGGUGUGCUCACCCUCGGUCGCUAUAUCGGCUGCUGGGCGGAUCUGGGCUGGGCUUGGAACAAGAAGCCCUCCGCUUCCAUCGUCGGCAACUGGAAGUCCAAGGUCCCAUCGGGAGAAUGGACCGAGUCUUUUGUCAUCUUUUUCUAUGGCAUCACUAACGUCUUCCUGGAACACCUUGCGAAUUCGGGCAAGGAAUGGUCGUCAACGGAUUUGGAACAUGUCUCCAUCACAGUCCUCUUCUUCGGUGGUGGCCUAGCCGGCAUGCUCUUUGAAUCUUCGCGUAUCCGUGACGCUCUCAACAACACCAUUCUCCAGUACCCAGGACACGGAACUCGCGACGAGGGAUGGCAGCUUCCGAGAUCACAGAAUGUGUCUCUAAACCCCAUGCCAGCUUUGGUCAUUCUACUCCUUGGUAUGAUGAUGGGCUCACACCACCAAGUUAGCAUGACGUCGACAAUGGUACACAAGCAAUGGGGUAACAUGUUGGUUGGGUUUGCACUGGCUCGCGGCAUGACCUAUGUCUUAUUAUACAUUCGCCCGCCCACCUCAUACCUGCCCGCUCGGCCACCGACCGAGAUCGUUGCUGCCUUCUGCCUCAUGUCUGGAGGUCUUAUCUUUAUGAUGAGCACUCGUAACGUCAUCGAGGCCAUGGAAUAUUACGAUGUCGAUGCGAUGUUCACCUUCACCGUUGGCUUGGGUUUCACGGCAUUCAUCAUGGCCCUGGAGAUUCUGGCCAUUGCACUCAAGGCAUGGGCUGUGAAGCGUGAGCAGCCCCGAGAGCCAAAAUACCGGUUCCCAUAA